CAGCUUGCUUUUCUUUAGAUUUCUCGGUCCUUUACGCCAAAAAAUUUUCAUUGAUCUUCGUUUUACUCCCUGAUUAGCCGUUUUCUUCGUUUCUCCAACUUUUGCAAUCUCAAUGUCAACUCAAUUGCGUUUUAUCAUCUUGAAGCCAACUGUGUGGACCAUUUUGUUAUCUCUACCAAACUCAAUGUUUGCUAAAUUUGUUUAUCUCUCUUAUUGAGUCUUGAUAAUCCUCAGUGAGAUACCCGUGUGAUAAUUCAUGAUAUCGAUCGAUCAAAGUACAACUUACCCCUUUCAUAACUUCCUGCAUUGUGAUAUAACGUUUGCAGACAGUCUGACUGUGCGAAAAGAGGCCGUAACUCAAGCAGAGGUAGAUAAGACAGACUUCCAACUGUUUUACAUGUCAGUUGCAUGGUGAGUGACUCCAAUGACACACCAUGGAGCACAGCGAUGCUCUGAUUUCAAAAUUUAUAUCGCUGCUCCAAGUCAAUGGCCAUAAAGUGCUUCGUGGUGAGCUGAAACUCAAAUUAACAGAUGAGUUCUUAACAGAAAUCAACGCUUUGCUAAAGUCCCAUGUGAAUUCAGUCCAGUCAAAGGAACGCAAGAACAAGAUACAAUUUUUGAGGAAUUUUCUAGGCAACACCCUCAAACUCAAGAUUAAUCAAGCUAGUAUCAAUGGAUCAAGUUUACGAGGCUCAUCGCAAAGCUCCUCUCAGAUCAGCAGUUCCUCGAGUGACUUUACGCAGCCGUCCUCAUCGUUAGGCUCAUCAAUUAUCUAUUCAGUGUCACAAACAGUGCUGGAUCUGACUGAUUUCACAAAGCUGAAAUACCUGGAGCUGUACAAAGUCUCGCCCUUGAAUAUAAUAGGUUAUCAGUUUCUUCGCUCCCAGCUGGAGACAAUAAUCUGUAUGCGCUGUCUGAACUCAGUGUCAGACGUUUUGGUGCUGGAUGACAAUCGUCGGGAGUCAAGUAGAGGGCAAUAUCUGUGGAGUGAGCUACGAUACUUGGUGCUUCAGCACAACCGACUGAAGAGCGUCGACAAUUCAUUCAUCUACACACCGUGGCUCCAGUUCCUUGAUCUCAGCUUUAAUGAGAUCAAGUCCAUCAACAAGUCCAUUUUCGACCCACUCACCAAUCUCAAGUACCUCAAUGUCUCGUAUAACUUUCUGACCAACGUCCCCACUUUCAACAUGGCGACCAGCAGAAAACUUCAAGUGCUCCUGCUUCAACAUAAUCUCAUUGAUGACCUUAGUGGUCUGAGCGAGUUAGAAAAUUUAACAUGCUGUGAUCUCUCCGACAAUAUGAUCCCAGACCAUAGUCAAUUAAAUGCUGUAUCACACUUUGUACACCUUGAAACACUAAACCUGGCUGGGAACCCAAUUAGCUACCAUCCAAGGCAUCGAUAUGUAACCUGUCGUUAUCUCCAUGGAAAUUGUGCCUCCAGUAAGUUCACACUGGACAAUUGCGGCCUAACUAAACAAGAAAUGGAUGUUAUUCACUUUGAACGGCACAACUAUCUAUCCACUUCACGCUCCCGCGGAAGUUUACGACGUAGUUUGUCAAGAUCAUCAUCUACAAAACGUGGGCGAACCCGUGAAGCAGUAAUCAAUGAUCCAUCACUUGAAACAGAGCCCAUAGCCACUGUCAGAGUACAACCCGUAGAAGAGCAAGAAGCUAAGUCGGUCCAUUUAGAAACCAAAAAGAAAAUUGAGAUUGCAAGAGCACGCUACGGGAAAGACAACUGGCUCGGUGGCCAAGGCGGUUCUUUCAUCCAGGGUAUCAUGGGCCUUAGCACAACUCCUUCAGCGUAUCAAUCGGAAUCAAGUCACGUCGAGAAACAACAGUCAUCUUUACCGGAUAAACAGAUCUCAUCAUCCCCAGAGAAGCAGCUCUCCUCAUCGUCAGAUAACGAAAAGCGUCCAACCAUCCCUAAAGCACCAUCAGAGAUCUCAAUAGUGUCGUCCGAUGUAGAGCAGCUUCCUCCAGGCUCAUCGAAAGAAUCCUCGUGUGAAAAAGACGACUCCUGUGGGCUCAUCUCCGAGUCAAAUACGGACAACGAGUCAAAGGCUGGUGAUGCAGAGAUGAAGAGUGAAAUUCGGAUGGACAACGAGGAUGACAUCUCAGUCAUUACAACGGAGGAAAAUCCGGACGAGAGUGCAGAUACGAAAUUCGAGACCGCUGUUGAGGACGUCGAUGAAGUUGCUCAGGAGACAAGCGAAGAUCUCACAUUCUGUGAGGACUUCUAUGAGAACAAAAAAGAAGAAGAAAAUUUGCUAUGGCUUAUCAAAAUAGUGAAGGACAAAUCGGAAGAGCCGAUUUUCCUCUCGUUCGACCGUCACAAGGAGUUGAAGGAGUGUGAUAUGGUCUCUGGUGAAACGCGUACUCGUUGGACGGUGGACACUAUCCAGUCGUGCGUCAAAGUUUCCUCUGACCCUGUUACAAUCCAGCUAACGUUUGACACCCUUCAGAAGCAUCGUCGCGAGCGCACAUACAUCAUGCAGCAGUCCGAUGCAACUGCAUUCCUGCACGCUAUUCAUGAGGAACUUGAGUCUCGGUCCUUGACGCAAAUGAACCAGACAGCAUUCAGGUGCAUUAAAUGCUCGUCUGAGUUCUCGAGAGAAAAAUCCUACGCAAAGAAGCCAAAGAAAGUUGAAUGUCCACUCUGUUGGAGCAAUCUCGUUAUUGAGCUAGACGAAAUACCUGUCCCUGGUACUUCAUCAGCUCAUACCUCAAAGCCUUACCACAGCACACCUAUCAAAAAAUACUCUAGCGCUACAAAUUCUGACCUCAUCUCCUGACGAGGUCCUUGCAUUGUCCGUGAGUCUCUAUUAGUUAGAACACCCUCGCGGUUAGCUACGCUUGUUGAAAAUAGUCCUUGAUCUGCGUGACUAUCAAGAAAACACGUAAGAGAAUCUGCUGAGUUUUAACAUUUGACAAGACUGAUUUUUGAAACGGAUCAAAUCUUGUAGGAAGAAAAGUUCUUCCACAAAAAUAAUUGACGUUGGACCCGAGCAUUGACAGCAGCAAUAAGCUCAUAAGCUCUAGUAGUUUGAGCGAUGAUGUACCCAUGUUAGCGUCUAUGCAGUCGGGCCCAACUAAUCUUGAAGAAAUCAAGUCUUUCAAGCUUGAACAUGAGAAAAGUCAUAAAUGUUUAUCUAUUUGCAUUAUGUCAUGCUGGUGGAUAUUUGCCAUAAAACACAGGUAAUCAUCCACAGGUUUUUUUUUUUUUUUUUUUUUUUUUUUUUGAGGUAUCUAAACAAAAAGAGAAAAAGUGGCAGGAUCAGCCAAUUAGUCCAAGGAACGGAAUGAUUUUUUUUUUGACCAUCUGUGUUCUCAUUCCAUUUUUCAACCAUCGAGCAGUUUUGUGAGCCCAAGCCUUGUGCUUUUUUUAAAAAUUUGCCAAAUUCGCGUUUUUUCUCUCCGAGCACAUUUGCAAAAGGAAAACAUAAAUUUUUAAAGACCUUAUUAAUGUGGGAGAUUACCUUCUUCCUUAGAUUUGACAUUUUUAAAAACUGACGAAACGGGACUAAUUGAACGACUCUCAUUGGAGCAUCUUUUUGUUUUAUCACUAAACCUGCAUCAUAAUCAUACACCAAGAGGAAUAAUAAAAUUAGAGUCCAGACUAUCAUCUUAAAUAUUUGUUUUAACAAUGAAUAGUACAUAACAGUCAAUAGGAAAAGGGUAACACUCAAAACUGAUAACUCUUCAAGCUGUGUUAUCGACCAACUUAGCCUGUCUUAAAUCAAACCUGUGCCGUACAUAUUUUAACCACAAAAUAUAUAGGCUACACCAACAGAAGGUUCACUCCCGUUUACUCCAAUGUAUUGCGUUUUGUACUUUCCAGCGUCUCUUCAUCGUUGCCAAGUGAAGUGAAUGCGUUCAAGUAGAAAGUAGGGGUAGGAAGGAGUGCGUUUCGCCAAACAAAGCGUCAACGUUGAAGGUCGUCCGAGCUCCGGACAAAAAGCAAAAUAUAAACAAUGCCUUCUAGGUGUGUUCUUCUUCUUUGACCGAGAUACGCUGGGAGUGAACCUUCUGCUGGUGUUAGCCUACAUAUUCUGUGUUUUAGCUAGCCACCACCAUUCGUUUUCCUUUAAUUAUUUCUCUUUGGAAUAGCUCACUUUUAAUUUUAAGUGCACCUACUGGUAAUCUUUCGGGGACUAAAAAGUAAAAACACCCAAGUGAGAGGUUUCAGUUUCUGUUAAUACUUUCUUAGCUUAAAAAAUUAAAGCAAUAAAAAUAUGAUCAUGAUUUAUUGAAUGCAACUCAAAGGAAAGAAGCCCUGCUAGCAAGUAAUCCUCUCGCAGAUCUUGCGGUGAGAGUUCGUUUAUUUCAUAUUUUCAAGUUUAGUUAUUUGUGCAUUAACAUUUAUUCAAUUUCUGACCAAAAUAUACCUGUAUGUCAUAAUGAUACCCACAGAAAACCUGCCCUCAAUUUUUUGUUCCAACUUUCUCUCCAGAAAAUUUAGAUUUAAGUUUAUUAAUGAAGCUCAGAGCUGAAACUUGUUAAAACAAGGAUCAUCAGCAUUCUAGACAGAUAUUUUAUGAAAAAUCUUUUUGCAAAUAGUUAACACCUCUCUGAACCAAAGUAUUUUAAGUGCAAUAAUGUAAGUCAUACCAGUGUAAUACUACCCAUUUCAUUAAAUACAUCCCCACAAAGUUUAUAUUCUGACCGAAAAAGAGGAAGUCUGCCAUAUUACUGUGAAACCUCUGUCCUUUCAGUCGCAGCCAACCUUCCCUGAAGAUUUAUCGAUGGUCUAAGUGCAAAACCACGUAUCUCUGCUUGCGAUGUCACAGAUUUUGCUUCAUAUCUCAUUUUCUCCUCGGAAAACUAGUCAAUGUAAUUUCUUGAACACUUUCCUUGAACCUUCUUUCCUCUCUCUCAGCAGAAUACAUUGUGUAAAUUUUAAGCUACACAGUCGGCUUGUCUGUCUUCAAAAAACAAAAAACAAAAUAGGAGUAAAAAUUUUGAGACUCGACAGUAAAGAUACAUGGUUUUGUACUUUGACCAUUGUUAUGUACCGUAAUUUCCUUCCAGCUUUUAAUUUCACAUCACACCCAAUCAAGAAGCAAGACAAAAUUAGCAUGUACAGAAUUGUUAUUUUCUUGAAUAAAGUUUAUUUAUUUAAUA